GCUGCUCGGCCGCCUCCGCGGGGUCCUGGCGCGGCGCGGCGGGGCGGCCCGUUGCCGCCCAGCAUGGCGGCGCUGUGGUGGAGGCGGCGGCGUCUCCCGGGCGCGGCGGGGCUGUGCCGUACGGCGCGAGCCCUCUCAGGAAAGCCUGAGUAUGAUCUUCUGGUAAUCGGUGGAGGAUCUGGAGGCCUGGCUUGUGCAAAAGAAGCUGCUCAGUUUGGAAGGAAAGUGGCCGUUUUGGAUUACGUGGAACCUUCUCCACAAGGAACCAAAUGGGGACUUGGUGGAACUUGCGUGAAUGUUGGUUGCAUUCCUAAAAAGCUCAUGCAUCAAGCAGCCCUUUUAGGCAGUGCCCUUAAAGAUGCCCAGCGCUAUGGCUGGAAUAUAGCCCACCCUGUUCAUCAUAACUGGUCAGAGAUGGCUCAAGCUGUUCAGAAUUACGUGAAGUCUUUGAACUGGGGACACAGAGUGCAGCUACAAGACAAGAAGGUGAAAUAUUUCAAUGUCAAAGGGAGUUUUUCAGAUCCACAUACGAUCCGUGGUUUAACAAAAGGAGGUAAAGAGACUAUUCUUACUGCAGAAAAAAUUGUCAUUGCUACUGGAGGAAGACCAAAAUAUCCUACACACGUUGCAGGUGCGCUGGAGUAUGGAAUCACAAGUGAUGACCUGUUCUGGUUAAAAGAAUCUCCUGGAAAAACGUUGGUUGUUGGAGCCAGCUAUAUUUCACUUGAAUGUGCUGGUUUUCUAACUGGCAUUGGACUAGACACUACGGUCAUGAUGAGAAGUAUCCCACUUCGUGGGUUUGAUCAGCAAAUGGCAUCUUUAGUAACAGAGUACAUGGAAUCUUAUGGCACAAAAUUUUUAAAGAAAUGUAUCCCAACAAAAGUUGAAAAAUUGGAAAGCAACAGAUUACACGUCACCUGGAAAAAUACUGACUCGGGCACAGAAGAAGCGGAUUCCUUUGACACAGUGAUGUGGGCAGUAGGUCGGGCUCCUGACACCAAAGCUCUCAAUUUGGAGGCAGUUGGAGUGAAAACUAAUUCUGAAACUGGAAAGAUCAUUGUGGAUGCCAGUGAAGCUACUUCUGUUCCUCACAUUUACGCAGUUGGAGACAUAACAGAGUUUACAGGUGAACUCAGAAUUUCUACACUUGAGUUGGACAUCUUUGACAAUGUUAUAAUAUGAUGUAUGGCUGGAUUGUGAACUGUACCAGGUACAAGGAGGAUGUUUUCAUCAGCUGCUUGCUGUUCCCAAAGAAAUUGUGCAAUACUAUAGAAUAUUAUUGUGGGCAUCACAAGAUCUCUUAUCUGUCACUUAACUUAAUGGAAAUGAGCACAUCCCUUCCUAUUAAAGUUGCUUUUUAUAUAUAGUGUGGUCAUCUUUAUAGAAGUCUGGUAAAUCUAAAUACUGUGGUGAUACCCAAACCACAUACAUAGUAUGAUUUGAGAGAUCUUUGAGAUCUUUUAAAGAUUUCACAUUCUGCCACACAUAACAUUCUCCCCCCCCACCCCAAGCAUUCUUGAGUUUUUGAAGAGAUGUAACAGGUUACAUGUCUUUGAAUAGCCUGCAGAUCCCUGACUGGAUGCUGGAACAGUCAGAGAGACUUAAAUCUCAUAAAUCUAUUGGUGAUUCCUGACCUCUUUCCCUCUUUGUAGACAUGUGUUUCUUCCUGUCUGUCUCCAUCUUCAUGUGAAUGACUUGCCAUUUCCUUUUAGACUGUGUGAAAACUCUUUCCUGUUCGGCUAUUUCUCCUUUUAUUCUUUGCUCUCCACAAUUUCUCUGUACUAUGCAGUCACUCAGAGAGAGCUUUGGGGUUACGUUCAGUUCUCCUUUCUUCUCUCCACAUAGAGGUUCCCUCUGUGUUUGUCACUUCAUGCUCUGGGAUAUUUCCUGAAGUCCACUUUCUUCUCAGUGACCUGCUCAUCCCUGAUAUAUGCCUUGGUUAGGCUUUUGGCUUUCCAAACUAUUCUUUUUAAUUUAAUCCAAUUGGCAGUUGUUAGAGGCAAUGCUGGCAAGGUCUUCAGUUCUGUUGCUCACUUUGCUGCCAAUCUGCGGUGUUAUUUUGAGCAGGUCAUUUCCGUUUGGGUGCUUUUGGUAUUCUGCCUUUUGAGGAUUUAGUUAAAUAAGAAAUGUAAAGUUGGAGGCAGGAUGCUCUCAUCUUUCCUAUUCUGCAUCUAGAAAGUCAGGUCUACAUUUAUUUGUCAUUUUCAUUUUGUUGUUAAAACCUGGAUUUCCUUUUCCUGUUUUUGUUCUUGGUAGUGCAGAUUUCUGAACCCGAGUUGUGUAAUAUGCACUUCUAAGUGUGUUAAGAAAAGCAACACGCUUUUCUACUAUGUACAGUUGGGAAAACUGGACAGUUAAAUCAGUGCUCUGUAGACAUAUUCUCAUAAGCUUUUGUCUCCAUAUGGGCUAAAUAUAGGGAAUUAAGGGAAUCACAAUGUAGUACUUGCACAUUUAUAGAGUUUAAAGAUAGAAGGAACUAUCUUGUCUGACUCCAUUACAAUAUGAGCUAUGUAAUUCCACUUGUUAAGCAAUGCAGUUAUUUUGUUUGAAUAUCCAAAUGAAUUUUGUCUCUUUUAAAAGCAGAAUAGAUUUAGAUAAUAAAUUUUAUUGGCAUGGGAAUCAGCAGUGGAACAAAGUUCCCAUUGUUGGUGUUGGUGUACAUCUCAGCUGGAUACACUUGAUUCUUCUGUGUGUAUUCUUUCAGAACCACAAAGCUGUAGAGCUUGGCAUGUAAUAUUGUCUGGGUGAGACCACUCAAGGGGCAGGAAAGGGAAUUUUGUUCCAUGUGAAUGAGCAUCAGUGAUCCCUAAUAUUAUUUAUAAAAUAGGGUUUUUGUCUCUUGUGUCCCUGUUAGGAUCUCUCAUUGGUCUUCUCUCUACCUGCCAGAUUUUCUUUGCUGCCAUAAAGUGCUAUUGCUUAUACAUUUGCAAGUAGUUCUCAACCUCUCCUCCUUCCUCCUUUACUAGGCCACACUGAAUAGAUGCGAAAUUUUUACUGAAUAGCUAUUUUUUUAUUUUUAUUAAUUCAGUGCCCUGGCUGGAAGGGGAGUAGUGAAAGAAGGGAAAGGGGAGUUUCAUGAUAUGGUUAGAAUGAGUGUUUUCAUUUGGGAAUCAUACCCAUCUGGCACAAAUGGGAAACUAUGUGUGCAUGGGUGUCUUAUUGCACCCUUGUAUGAAAAAUUAAAUCCUAAUGUUAUGCAAGCUGUUCAUCUGGAGAAAGGGAAGGGGAAAAAAAUACAACCUCCCAGAGGUUGGUCAAUCUGUCUACCCUCAAAAAAAGAUUCUCAGGCUUUGGCAAAAAGAUAUUUUCAACUGACAGGUAAAACUGUAUUUAAGAAUUUUCAUUUUCUGUAAUCAGGAUGAGGAUGACCAGGCUGGAAUUUUAAUGUGAUUUUUUUUUUUUUUCAGUGAUAAUAUAAGCUCUGUCUAUUAAAACCCUUCCUCUAGUGGUAUUAAUGUUGAAAAGCAUGGCACACAGCAUAAAGAAGUUCUCUUAGAAGGAGGUUUAUCAUAUGUAUGUGUAUACAUCUGUCAUAUUUCAAAGGGUGUUGUAACAAAGAUGUGUAGAGAAGGUGGAAUGUACCGUAUGUUUCUUUGAAUAGAAAUAAGACCAAGAAAGAGUCGUGUUAGAACAAAUACACAGUACUUCAAAGCUUUUUAAACUCUCUUAGGAGCCAUCUCGUUUAAAUGUAUAAUGCAUUGGAGGAUACUUAUGAACUAUUUGUAUCCAUAAUAAUAAUGAGGGUAGUUCUACACAUGACUGCAAAGUGAAUGUUCUUUUCAAAUAUUUACCAGAGAAGGUCUUUAAGCCAUUGUUUAUGAGAAAUUAGACUUUAUCUGCAUGGAUGUUUUUGUAAUUAGUUGGGUUUUAUGGAAUGCAUAGCAGUGCUUUCACAAUUUUAUCUCUAGUUCCAAUCUUCUAUUCAUUUCUGGAAUGCCAAAACAACAUCUGUAUUUCCUGCUACAGAAAUGAUUGGCAGCCAUGUUUCAGGCAAAUGUGUGCAAGAAAAAACAAAUGGCAAAUUUCAUCUGCUAAAUGACAUUUACAGACUUGAAAGUCAAAAUGCUGGUUUUGAAAAACCAUGACUUGAUAUAUCUUAUGGGAAAAAGGCAUAGACUUACAGUUUUGUAAUUUGUCAUGAGCAGUGGGGAAAAAUAGGUUUGUCUUUGUAAACAGAAUAGUUGUGUCUGUUAACAGGUUAGACGUAAUGUUUCGGUUUAUUUUUGGAAAGAAAGUUUCAGCAUAAGGUGUUAUUAGUAUAGAUAAAAACGCAAAUGUGUUUUAAUAUGCAGAUAAUUGAUAGAGUAUGUAUAAUGUAGUAAAUGGUAGCUAACACCAUGUACAGAACUAAUUAAAGGGAAUAUACAGAAAAGAGAAGCUGGGAAAGAAGAAUGGUUUCCAGUAAAUGCUCAGAACAGUCAGGUUAAUGAAGAAACACUUGAAAAACUUCAAUGUAUGUGGUGGGAAAUCCUUACUUUGUUUUCUGCUGAAGACUGUUUUUGAGGGCUUACUGAAUGACCAGCUCCAAAGUGGAGCUUUGCAUAAAUGUGGCAAGUGUUGGAUCUAGAUAGGACCUGUAUGAAGCAAAAUUUCACAGUCUUUACAAAGCAUUUCUCAUUGUCCCACAAAGGUGUUGUUUUUCAGUUAUAGCUUUCUUAUGUCUCCAUAUCUUUCCUUCUAGACUUGUGACCCCUUUCCUAAUUGCAGACAGGCAUCUUGAUGAUACAGACUUAGAUAAACUCUUAAAUAACUCUUUUUGACUAGAUUCAUGAAGUUUUCUCUGGCUUAUCAACUUAAAUGGACUAUUAUUCCGCAGGCUUCAAAAAAAAAAUGCUUUGAAGAUGCCAUUCUUCAGUCUGCAAAAACUUCCAGCUUCUUUAAAACUAGCAUUGGAGUUCUGAUGCUCCAGUGGCAUUGUGUCAGCACUAGAAAUUAGGAUUCUGGCACAUUGCUUGACCUGUUUGGAUGUAAAAAGUAGUCAGGACUUGUGGCUUGAAUUGAAGCAUGUCCUGGCCAUAUUCUGCUGUUAUGUCAUUUUUCAUUUGCAGGACGUUAGCAUUUGCCAACAGCAUCCUUUUCAUGCCUCCCUCUAAUGCCAGAGUCUGAGAUUAGGACCAAUUCAAACUAUAGGUUGCAGUGUGGGCAAAAUAGCAUUCCUUUUUCCCAAUCCAGGGAAAAGGUCCAUGAGUCCAAAGGUCCAUAGAGAGCCCAUGUCUACAAAUAGCAAAGUUUGCACCUGUUGACUCUGUGUUCUGUAAAAAUGCAUCAGGCAACUUUUUAAAAAAAAAAGUUCUGGUAGAUUUUAAAACGCUGUUCCUUAUACUAGUUUGUUUUUCUUCCUGCUUUAAAAAGACCAGCUGGUAAGCUUACUGAGGGCUUACUAUGGAAAGAGAGGGUGAGAUGGAUGGUUAACAUGUUAACAACCUCUGCUUUUCAGGGAGUGACAUCAGAUGUGAAGUUUUUAUAUGUUGAUUGUAAGCAUGUUUGGACAGAAAUUAUUAGUGCCUUCUCCAUUUGGAGCACUGGCUGCUAAGCUGGAAUUCCAAAGAUUUGGCCUUCCUCUGCCUGCUGUCCCAGGAGAAAUCCUUGGAUGAUACUUCUCUUUUAGAUGAAACAAAGCUUUGUGCUCUU